GAUGUUAUGUAUAUCUGUCCAUUUAUGGGAGCAGUCAGUGGUACGCUAACAGUGACGGACUUCAGAAUGUAUAUCAAAAGUGUGGAAAGGGAUCCACCUUUCGUUGUUGACGUCCCCCUUGGAGUCAUAAGUAGAGUUGAAAAAAUUGGAGUACAGAGCCACGGAGACAACUCGUGUGGUAUAGAAAUAGUUUGCAAGGAUAUGAGAAAUUUGCGGCUGGCCUAUAGACAGGAAGAGCAGAACAGGUUGGAGAUUUUUGAGAACCUUGUGAAACGCGCAUUUCCUGUUUCUAAUGGGCUGCCUCUUUUUGCAUUCAGCUAUAAAGAAAAGUUUGCUGUUAAUGGCUGGAAAGUUUAUGAUCCAAUGACAGAAUAUAAGAGGCAGGGCUUGCCCAAUGAGAGUUGGAAGAUAUCCAAAAUUAACAGCACCUAUGAGCUUUGCGAUACAUAUCCUGCUAUUCUUGUUGUGCCAACCAGUGUAAAGGAUGAUGACCUCUCAAAAGUGGCAGCAUUUAGAGCGAAAGGCAGAGUUCCAGUGUUAUCCUGGAUUCAUCCUGAGAGCCAAGCAACAAUAACACGAUGCAGUCAGCCAUCAGUAGGCCCAAACGAUAAGCGUUGCAAAGAGGAUGAAAAAUAUUUGCAGACAAUAAUGGAUGCCAAUGCUCAGUCACAUAAACUUAUAAUCUUUGAUGCCAGACAGAAUAGUGUUGCAGAUACAAACAAGGCAAAAGGUGGAGGAUAUGAAAGUGAAAGUGCCUACCCAAAUGCAGAGCUGGUCUUUCUGGAAAUUCAUAAUAUACAUGUAAUGAGAGAAUCCCUGCGUAAGCUUAAAGAAAUAGUUUAUCCUACUAUUGAUGAGACUCGGUGGUUAUCAAAUGUGGACUCCACACAUUGGCUGGAAUAUAUAAGGAUGCUUCUUGCUGGAGCAGUCAGAAUCGCAGAUAAAAUUGAAUCUGGUAAAACGUCUGUAGUGGUGCAUUGCAGUGACGGCUGGGAUCGGACGGCACAGCUUACUGCGCUGGCUAUGCUUAUGCUGGACAGCUAUUACAGAACUAUCAAGGGGUUUGAAGUUCUGAUAGAGAAAGAAUGGAUCAGUUUUGGACACCGGUUUGCAAUGCGAGUAGGGCACGGAGAUGAUGAUCAUGCUGAUGCAGACAGAUCUCCCAUUUUCCUUCAGUUCAUUGACUGUGUUUGGCAAAUGACAAAGCAGUUUCCUGCAGCCUUUGAAUUCAAUGAGUUAUUUUUGAUCACCAUUCUGGAUCACCUCUACAGUUGUCUCUUUGGGACUUUCUUAUGCAACUGUGAAAAAGAGAGACUAAAAGAGGAGGUAAGCACAAGGACUGUAUCGCUGUGGUCCUACAUCAACAGCCAGUUAGAUGAGUUCACAAAUCCCUUCUACGUAAACUAUGAAAACCACGUCCUGUAUCCUGUUGCCAGUCUGAACCAUUUGGAACUAUGGGUGAACUACUACGUCAGAUGGAACCCAAGGAUGCGGCCCCAGGUAUGA